UUGGACGCGUCUAUAUCCUGUGUUUCAAGCGUUGUCUAAUCUCUGUGUUUAGUCAUUGAAUAUUGUCUCAUGUCCCACAUUCAAGCUUUAUCAAGCGUUUCACGCGAAACGGGCUUUAGACAUUUCAGACACGUUUCACACGUAACAUCCCAUGGCCGAAUUAUUAUUGCUAUUCCGUCGCUGUGAUUUUAACGUUGCCACCGUAGCAGGUUAGCGUUCCGCACGGAUGAUCGAGGGGGCGUUGUGAGCCACUACGCGGCUCGUGUCCACGGCACACUAACACGCGCAGACACAGCAUCCAGGUCCCACAUCCUGGUACUUUCCGGCGUUGUCAAGGCAGCUCCGAGCACGGCAGGCCGGCGGAUAGUAGCUGCAGUGUCCUGGCCCCAAAUCUGUCCAACACACGUCCACAAAAGUGUCCCGGAAAGUUAGGUUGUGACCGCAAGGUAACGGAUAUGCAUGUUUUUUUUUUUCCUACGGCACGUUUGCGGCGCGUCCCGCGUUCGGCGGCGGGCUUUGCGGCGUCUCGCAGACAGGCGGCACGCGCACACAGGAGCCCGUCCGUGUGGACAGAGGAGGCAGAGCUUGUCCAUUGUGUCGCUCGGAGACGCUGCGCCCUUAGACGCGCGUUUACGCUCCCGUGUGCCGCUGUGGCCGCGGACUUCCUGUAUGCGCCACCAAAUACGCGUCCAGCGAGUGGUCUCUGGGCCAGUAUGGUGGACGGGACACAGAAUAAAGCGUAAAAAUGGCUCUCAGCGCUGUCUGCAUUCUGAUGUGAUGUGUGAGAGACUUGGCAGCCGCUCUGCAGAGCAACAGCACCUGAUGUGGCGCCGUAUCGAAGGACAUGACCUAAUGGACGUUAAAGGAUGAAUUGAAACCAAUUAGUACCGUUGGACUAGAACUAAUGGGCGUUCCAAACUGGCGAUAGCAUGCCAACCGCAAAAGGUAAAGGUCCAUCAACAUCCCAGCGCUACCGUCCUGCCUCUGGGUACGAUGACGCCACACUGGCACAGAAGCGAGAAUACUGGAGGACCAAGAAGCGUGAGCAGAGGGCGCGACUGUCGCAGCGAAGAGGAAAACCACACGACGCGGGGGGUCUCCAGCUCCUCAGUGCCCCGGCGCCGCUGACCUCCACCUCCUCCGGUCCCUUUAAGUUGCCCCUGACCGACUUUCCUGCGCCGCAGAGCGGAAGCGCCGUCCAGGACAGUGCACUGGGAAGUGCCGAGAGCCGCAAGGAGAAAUGGUUCCAAACCAUGAAGCUCAACAAGGUGUUGCCUCACAUAGCAGCGACGUGUUCCAUCACGGCCCGAGCUGCCAGCGACGCAGCAGCAACGGACUGCCUGAAAGCAAAGGGUCGCGUGACCAGAGCCGUUACCUCAGCCACGUCUAGUGGAACCCAGCAGGACACCAGUUCCUCAGUGCCUCCCGUCAAAGUCACCAGAUAUACCAAUGGCAGCGCCGCUAAAGCAACACCUACGCCAUACGUGUCUAUGCAGGGCCCAUCGGACCCCAGAACGCAACACAAGGCCCCGGUUGCACUACACGUUCAGCCUAAACUCCCACCCACCAACGCCAGGCUCCUUGUGUCUUCUCCAUGUGACCCCGUUCCUGUUAAAGCACUGAACACAACACCUCAAAGCAGAACAACGCGUGCCUUGGUCACGGCGCAGAGGGCGAAAGGCGAUGCGCAGGCGCUCCCGGAGUCCGAGGAGGAGAGAGCGGCGAAGCGCAGGGAGCAGUGGCGUCUCAAGAAGCGAGAGCAGAGAGCGAAGCUGGCCGCUCGCGCCGCUAGAGCCAGAGAGAAGGUGCAGUGCGUGGACGCGAGCGGGCAGAGGCGGCAGGCGGCCGACGCAGGCCUUCACCUGCGGAAGCAGGGCGCCGCUCGGCUCAAAGCCCUGUUCACGUCGGCCAAAGGAGAAAAUGUGAGAGGGCAAAGUCGGGGAGCGGGUUUAGCUGCUGGUAACCUGCAAGCACAAGGCAACAGGACAGCACAGGCGGCCAUUCCCUGCGAUUCCACGUCUGGGAGAAAAACGGGGGAAUUGCACAGAAAGUUGCCAAGUUACGUUCACCUUUCUGUUUCCCGUGGAGUGGCCCGUUGCAAAACGCCCAGGCAGAGGCUCAUCGAAUCCCAGAAGAAUUUGAUGAGUCAAAGAAAUAUAAGAUGCAAAUCCCUAUUGGUUUCCUCAGUCUUUGGCAGCAGAAAUCUCCACAGAGUUGACCCCGGCGACUCACCCGAGCAGGUAGUGGCCAAGAGGCGGGAGUACUGGCGGAUCAAAAAGCGCGAGCAGCGAGCCAAGCUGUCGAUGGAGGUGAAGGCUCGGCUGAAGGAGAAGGACUCUCUGAUGCGACGAGUCAAGCGCUACCAGAGGAUCCUGGAGGAGAUGAGGAAGGCCAGAGCGCCGCCCCACUCCGCAGGGGGGCUCCUGAGCCACGCCUCCGAGGGCAUCGGAGGGUUCAUCAAGGAGGACGGGACGGUCACCGCUAACGCUCCCCAAGGUCCGACGGGUGGCAACGCAGCAGUGCCGAACAGCAUGGAGGAACCCCGCAAAAGUACCCCCGCGGCACAACCCCAGCGUCCGCCGAAUGCUCAGCCAGCUCAGGUGUCUGGACAGGCGGAGGAUAAGCCUCCCAGACUCAGAGCUCACAGUGAAAGCACAAACGCGUCCAACCCCGCGCCAUUAACCAUCCAAUGCGCGGCUCAGCUCACGCUCACGCAUCCCAAAACCCCUUUACUCGCACGCCCCCAAGGACGCUCCGCGGGGUCAGACGCCGGCGGCUGCGUUAUGAAAAUGGCCGUGUCCAGCGCCGCCCCGUCGCUGUCGCCGCUCGUCCCGGACUCUGGGCUGACGGAGGACGAGAGGAUGGCGAAGAAGAGGGAGUACUGGAGGAUGAAGAAGCGCGAGCAGCGGGCCGCCCGCGCGGCGCGCCUGAAGCAGGGCGCCGCCUUACAGAGGAGGAAGGCCCAGAAGCAGCUGAGCCGAGGACUCGGCGGCCGCGCGAGAGCUCCCAGCAGGACCGAGCCCGACAUAAAGCAGGAGCGUGAGUCUAUGCCAGCAGUUGACCUAAAUUCCCAACCACAACAAGCCUUCUGUCCGGAUAUCAAGCCCCCCACCUCUCCACCAGCACCACCUCCAGUGCCCCCGCAGGAGUCGGAUACGGCCCUGAGUGCAGACAGCCAAGCUGCCACGCUGCUGGCCGUGGCCUCCAUGAAGAAGCUCCUGGAGGAGUCGCUUAGCACAGUCACAGAACACAAAGCUGUGCAGACAGACGUUAAAAAGGAGGCGACGGAGCAAGACAUGAAGCCGGAUGUAGCUCAGCUCUUUCCUGUGAAGGAUGAGGUGAGUCCUCUUGAUGACCUGACGUUACAGACAAACUGGCAGCCAGAUACUGAUGCCUUGGUAGCCAACAGUUCACAAAGCCCUCAUCUCAAAGACUUAUCGCAUCCUAGUCGGACGCUUUCCCCUCCUAAAACCUCCAGUGAGAAAGUCCCACUUGCAGCCUGUGAACAUUUCUCCCAGGCCCGUGACCCGUCACCGCCGCGCAGAACCCGGCCGCUCCCGACCCAAAAACCGAGCCUUCACAGCUGCUGCGCCCCCGAGCCACCAAAGCUGCAUCACCUGCCCAUGGACCAGCAACACCAGCUACAGGGGCAGUGUCAAAGCAGCCGCUCGCCGCCAGCGAGAGUAUUGAGCUGUGCUACGGUGGAGCUGAGUGGUUUGACCAGCAUCCAGAGGAAGAGGGAGUACUGGAAGCUGAUGAAGAGGCAGCAAAGGGCCAGGCUGAAGGCCAGGCAGGGAGGAGCAUCCCUACGAAGCAUGCAGGCUCCAGCAAAACUAUCCCUUCGACCGAGGCCAUCGAUUGCCUCAGUGGCCACAAUACCGAACAUCUCCACUGUCCUGGUCACAAGCCCUACAACAUGCAAUGGUCAGCAGUGUCCUACAGACACACUACAACUCAUCAACAGUGUCUCCUGUUCACUCAGGAGUGAGCAGAGCCAUAUGAACACUGGGCCUUCGCCGAUCUCACCCAACUGUCUAGGACCGCGCCAGGGUCAGCAACACGUCGGGCCAGGUUGCCCAAAAUGGACGUCCAAAAGCACCGAUAUUGACCCAGGCCCCUCUCUCCCUACUCUGAAGCCACCAGACAACCCACUAGCCUGCAUCAACCUGCAACCCAUUGAACUCCCUGACCAACCUUCAGAUUCCAGCCUGGGUCCACUCAGAAUCCCUUGUGUUAAAUUCCAGAGCCCCACAUGUGUGAUAGAUCCUCCCACCAAGCUGCCUCCUAUUAGCACCAUGGUUCCACCAAAGCCAGUCCCUGGGGAGUCUGAGGAGGAGUUUCUGAAGAGGAAGCGGGAGUACUGGCGGAUCAAAAAGAAGGAGCAGAGAGCCAGGAAGGCCUUCCGGGACAAGGGAAUCCCUCCAAGGAGGUCCUCUGAGAACUGGAGGCCUAUCCUACCCACACAAAACCUUCAGACACAGGACUCGGGUCAGUGGGGGAGCUGCGCUGAGUCUGACAAUCUGUUGAGAAAUUCACAGGACUCCAUCCCAGGAUUGUUUCCAUGCUCAAAUUACACAGCUCCACUAGAAGAUGGAUCGGUGGUUCUGUUCCCCGACUUUGAGAGCAACGACGGUGAGGAAGGUUCCGUGUCGGACGCCGUGUGGAGGAACCGCUACCUCAUGGACUACGACCCCCUCAACCAGCUGCUGGUGUGUAUGGUGUGCGGGGACCUGCAGUACUCCCACAGCCUGGAGGGCGUGAGGGCCCACAUCGAUGAAGCCCACCCGGAAACGCUGAACCUGGAAACCGGGGAGCGCCUGCGGAUUCUGGAGGCCUGGGACGAGCAGGUGUCCCAGCGGGAGCGCUUCUUCACCAGCCAGCUCCAGCAGCACAGUGGACCCCUGGCAGAGGCGCACAGGAACUAAUCAGGAGAGAAUGUGACUGCAGGAUUAACAUGGUCCGGGAGAGGAAGCCUCACAUCCUCAUUUUCCCUCUUUUUAUAGCUCCUUAUUUACUGUCACAGAACUCCACCAUGACAGUGCAUGCUGUACAGUGAACACCAGCCCCCAGAAGCAGCGUUACCUCAUUUCCUACAUGUGGGAUUUUGAAAACCAAUCAUUUCAGGAUAGUAAACAUCCUGAGAAAAACUCUUUGCUAGAGUCAGUAAGUCUUGGGUCGAUCUGCUUCAUGAAAUAUAACUUCUUUAAAGGUGGACACAAACUCUCUAGCCCACAAAAGGGCCAUUUUGCAAUAAUGAGUUUUUUUCUUUUUAAGUUGUAAGUUUCACAGAAGAAUCGGUUUGCUGCUGGCUAACACAUAACACACAAAAUAGUCAGAUUUGAACUUAGGACCGUGAACACUGAAUUAUUUACAGCUUAACUUUUAUUUUUGCAUGUAGGACAACCAGGCUAGUCAAAUUUUUAACUUGAGGUAAAUAAACAACAGAGUAGAUUAUUACUAGUUAUUUAUUUUCUUAUUUAUUUCUCGAAUCUUCCACUUUUUAUUAUUUGUGGUUAUUAUUACAUUAUAUCUUAAUUUAUUUAACUGCUUAUGUUGAUGCUACAGCCUGUGAACUUCUCACUUCAGGUAUACACAGUAUUUAUCUGCUCUUUAGAUUCGUUGGUGGGUGGUGGAGGUUUGUUGCAGUGCAUUAUAUUAGGUGGUUGUAAUGUUUUGGCCCAAUCAAAGGAAUGAUCUCCUAAUAUUCAGUAGAACUCCAGCACCCACUGUGACCUCACUACUAAGCAUAUAGAUAUCACUUUUCUGACCGCUUCAACUUAAAACUGACAAAAUCACCUUAUAACCUUUAAAAGCAGAACUGAUGGCAGAGCUGGUAUUGGAGCGAGUUAGACUGUACAGGUGAAGCUAAUCAAGUCCACAACAACUAAAUAGUAUUAAUGUCUUUGGUUUAUUUUACUUGCCUUCAUCUAACUUGCACCAAUAGUGGAUUGUGCUGAAAGUGUUCAGAAACAAGUGCCAAUGUACAUACAGCAGCAGUGACGUCAGACUAGAGAGCUGGCCUGCUUACACUCUACACGCGUUGGACGGGUUCUGCUAAGAACAGCUAUGGAUAUAUCAGAUACACAUACAGCACAACAAUGGAACGUUUUCUAGUGUCCCACCUUUGUAACUACUGGCAUGUUGUCAUUCAGCGACGUUGGCAGGUCACGUUCCACCUGCGACUCAAACACUGAAACUUUCUAACCUUUUCUAUUCAGCUUUUUAUAACAACUUUCUGAUGAGCAUAAACCUUCUGCACUGUAAAUACACAAGUUACUCCAGUUGUUACGGCCAUUUUUUCUUUGACUGUACUGUAUCACUUUGUUUUGAGCAUUUUUAUUUAUUCUCUAUAAAUAACUGAUUAUUGAUGGUGCAUUAUUCAUAUAGAUAGUUCAGACGUAUUCCAGUGAGUACUGGAGAUCCUUUCCUGCAUGAGUAGUAAAUGGAUGAUCAGUUGUGUAUGGGAAAUGAGCUCUUUGAUACAUUCUCAGAGGUUUUGUAUUUUUAAAAUAAAAAAAAUAUGCUGAGGUAAUUAAGCACAGAGCUGUGCGGGUCAUUCAUGCUUUGAGAAACGCCCUGCACAGCCACACAAUGAAAAAAGCUAAUUUGCCCGAAGAAUGUAACUCUGAGUAAUGGUUUAAAAGGGAAUGUUUCAAUGCAGUUACAGUAAUAAACCUUUUCUACAUUGGG